UCCUCCCCGAGGAAGAGAUUUUGAUUUCAAAGAAAGGAAGGAAGGAAGGAAGGACACCUCCCAGCUCCCCCCCCCCCCUCCCGCCCUCCCGCUCCGGCGGCCGGGCCGGGCCAUGCCCAGGAAGGCGGCGGCAGCGGCGGCCCAGCAGAAGGGACUUUCCUGGCAGCCCGGCGACGAGGAGCGCGCUCCGUGAGUCUGGCCGUGCCCCGGUUCAUGGUUCCCGCAAGCCCUCCAGGAGGCCGAACGCCGCAGCCCCUCCCCGCGCCCCGGAGAGCCUCCUGCGUCCUCUGGCCCUCGGGCCCGCCCCGCGCCGCCCGGGCCCCGGCCGCCGCAGCCCAGCGCCUUCCGCCCGGCGCGGUGGAUGGCAUGAUGGUGCGGGGAAGGCACCGCGGUCCUGGCCAGCCGAGUCGCGACGGCCGCGGGGGCGGCGGCAGUGGCAGCGGCGGCGGUAGCGGGCUCCCCAGCGGCAUGCCAGUGCCCCCCGGGCGCGAUGGCUAGCGGCAGCGCCGGGAAGCCCGCUGGCGAGGCCGCUUCUCCGGCUCCUGCGAGCGCCGUCGGGGGGGCCUGCUCGCAGCCGCGGAAGAGGCUGGUGUCCGUCUGCGACCACUGCAAGGGCAAGAUGCAGCUGGUGGCCGACCUGCUGCUGCUGUCGAGCGAGGCGCGGCCCGUGCUCUUCGAGGGCCCCGCCUCCUCCUGCGCCGGCGCCGCCGAGUCCUUCGAGCAGUGCCGGGACACGAUCAUCGCGCGCACCAAGGGGCUCUCCAUCCUCACCCACGACGUGCAGAGCCAGCUCAACAUGGGCCGCUUCGGGGAGGCGGGGGACAGCCUGGUGGAGCUGGGCGACCUGGUGGUGUCGCUGACCGAGUGCUCCGCCCACGCGGCCUACCUGGCGGCCGUGGCCACGCCGGGCGCGCAGCCCGCGCAGCCGGGCCUGGUGGACCGCUACCGCGUGACGCGCUGCCGCCACGAGGUGGAGCAGGGCUGCGCCGUGCUGCGCGCCACCCCGCUGGCCGACAUGACGCCGCAGCUGCUGCUGGAGGUGUCCCAGGGCCUGUCGCGCAACCUCAAGUUCCUGACGGACGCGUGCGCCCUGGCCAGCGACAAGUCCCGGGACCGCUUCUCCCGCGAGCAGUUCAAGCUGGGCGUCAAGUGCAUGAGCACCAGCGCGUCGGCGCUGCUGGCCUGCGUGCGCGAGGUGAAGGCGGCGCCCAGCGAGCUGGCCCGCAGCCGCUGCGCGCUCUUCAGCGGGCCGCUGGUGCAGGCCGUGAGCGCCCUGGUGGGCUUCGCCACCGAGCCGCAGUUCCUGGGUCGCGCGGCGGCCGUGAGCGCCGAGGGCAAGGCGGUGCAGACCGCCAUCCUGGGCGGCGCCAUGAGCGUGGUGUCGGCCUGCGUGCUCCUGACCCAGUGCCUCAGGGAUCUGGCGCAGCACCCCGACGGGGGCGCCAAGAUGUCGGACCACAGGGAGAGGCUGAGGAACUCGGCCUGCGCCGUGUCUGAAGGCUGCACCCUGCUAUCUCAGGCUUUACGGGAGAGGUCUUCGCCCAGGACUUUACCGCCAGUGAAUUCCAAUUCUGUGAAUUAGCACCCCCGCCCCGCGCCCCUUCGCCCUCCCCCCCCCCCCCCCCCCCCCCCCACUAGAGGAAGAUACUCACUCUCCGCCCCUCUCCAUUUAUACCAAAGAAAUCCCAGGGGAAGCCCCUCCCCCACGGCAGACGCUCGGAAAGAACCUUCCAGAGAGCUGGGGGCCCCUCCUGCCGCAGCGCCCACCUGCGCGCACGCAGCAGGGACCGCGAGGUGGCGCGCCCGCACCCGCCCCCGGCUCCUGUUCCGGAGCUCCGCCCCUCAAUUUUCUAACCAAUCGGGCAGGAAGGAGGUCAUGGGUUCGUUUCUUUUUUGGCCCUUUUUUUUUUUUUUUCCGUUUUGUUUUGAUUUUUCCUAAUUAAAAGAAAGGUUACCUCAGUUUCACUCCUUAGACAUGGAUGUAGCUAUCUUUUUUUUUUUUGUAUGCUGUUAUUUUUUUAAGCAAAUCGUGUUGGAUUAGGCGUAUACUUGGUGUGGAAAGAGUAUGACAUUGCCAUGUGAUUUGCAAAUGGGGGGGAAAGCUACUGUGAGUGUGUGUUUUAUUUUUUAAUUUACACUAUAGAGUGAUUUCCCCCCUCCUUCCCCCCUCCCCCAAUGUCAAGUUUUUACCGUGCAUGUACUGGAGUAUUUAUUUCAUCUAUUAAAAUGUUAUGUUUCUCA